GGCAGUGCCCUAAUGUAAGACUGCUGAGCGGGGAUUCCGAAGGCAGCGACAGCCUCAGUAAUUGCGCUGCGGCCCAAGGGGGAGAACACGACCGGAGGGACGCGCUGGAGCCUGUUUAUAUCCCUGUCUGGACCGCGCCAGGCGGGGAGGCUGAGGCCGAGGUGAACGGCCUCGGGCUUGCCGCGGCUGCGGAGAUAAAUGUUGGGAGUUGGACGGGGUUCCUUGGAUGAUGGCACGCUGAGAAGCAUCCCAUGGCAUCCCAUGACAAAGAUGUGGGCCCCUUACUGCCCAAUCCCUGGGACGCCAUCCUUGAGGCCGUCAAGGAGCAGCUCCCAUCUCUGGACUCAGAUUCCUCCUCGUCAAACUGCGAGGAAGAGGAGCUGUUCAUCUUCCAGCGAAAUCAAACCGCCCUGAUUCCAGACUUGUCAGGAGAACUGGCCGAAGACCCUGACGGGGCCUGGGUCACUUCCUCUGGGUCUCCUCCUGAGCCAGCUGUAGUGCCUGUGGAAUCCGCCGGGGAACCCUGGGGAGAGUGGAACGCUGGGCCCCAGGCCCAGGAGUCAGCCUCUCUGGAAGGAAGGGCCCCUGGCAGGCCUUUGCAGAGCUGUGAUGAGAGCAGCUCUCUUCUCAGGAUGCCCGUGGAGACCCCCACGUGGCAGGAUGACGAUGGGGGCACAGCCUUCAACACCAGUACAUCACAGAGUCCUUGCCAGGGGCCACAGGGAGAGGCCACUCUGUCCCCUCAGGAAGCAGGCCUGCAGACAGAGCCCCCAGGUGCUGCCUCAUGGGCCCAGGAGGGCUCAGACUCUGCAAACCACAGAGCCCUCCGGAGGGAGAGAAGGAAGAUGAUCGAGAAAGACAUACUUCACAAAGUCACCUGGGAUGCCCAGGACCCAGCCUGCCAAGACCUGAGUGGAGUGAAGGAGAUGCCCUGUGAUGCUGCAGAAACGCUGCCGGAGGGGCCCCAGCGGGGACUGACCUUGCUCUCCCUCCAGCAACUUGAAGAGUGUGAUUUGGAUCAAGUCCUUCAGAGUCUGACAGGGCGAGAAGAGGACCCGGGAGAUGGCGCUUCUGGAGCCACGUGGUGGGCAGCAGACCGCCUCCAGGGCCAAGACCACGCCAAGCCGAGCACCCAGGACAGGCUCAUGGAACAACUCACCCUCCUGUGUGCCACGCAGUCCAGAGCCUUUUCCUCUGCCUGGAGGGUGCCUUCUGACAUGCCCCAGGACAUCAAGCCGCAGGAGGCCGGAAGCAGAUGCGCUUCCAGGGAGCUGGGCUUCCAGGCGCUGGCCAUGGACACACAGCUAAGGAGCCCAGCAGGGCCUCCCACCGUCUUCAUUGACCUGCGGCCGACAAAGCCAUCAGACCAGGGGCCCUCGGAAAGGGACUGCACGGGGAAGAGUCAGCUCCUCCAACAGCUCUGGGCCUUUCGGAAGGCAUCAGCUCAGCCCAAGCUGCCAGCUGGCAAGGGUCCCAGAAGGCAGAAGGCUCAGGCCCCUGGAGAUACGGCUGGAUCCAGCCCCGGGGGGAAGCAACAUGUAACACUCUGGGCUGAGAGACAGAGUACCCAGGCCAGACCCCCAGGAGGAAGUCCCAGGGCCCUGGGGGACCCUCUUGGGCCAGGGACAGCCAGGGAGGCCCUGGUGCCUCCUCUGGGCCAACUGUAGAUGCCUCCGGUAACGGAUCUGAAAAGGUGAAUAAUCUGAGGCGAAUAAAUGGAUAAUCUGACUUUCCAUCGACACCCGAGGCCCUGGUGGUCCCCUCGCUCUCCCGUCUCCAUCAGAAUGUGCCUUUGCAGCACAGGGACCCUCCAACUGAGGAUCUGCUGCCAGCCCUCUGCUAGAAUUCAGUCAGAACUUCUUCAUGCACCGAGAGCAAAGAUGCCAGGGCAAACUUGUAUGUGUAGCGUGACAAAUCAUGUGGCCCCAAAUCCUCUGAAAGUGGACCAGAAGGAAACACCGUGAAGACAACAAUUUUGUUCUGACAGUGGGACUACGAGGCUUUUUCACCUUUUUCCAUUUCUGUGUUUUUUUUCUCUUUAAUGUGCAUCUAUUAUUAUUAUUUCUUUUUA